AUGUCGGCCGCCACACACGCUCCGCCACAACCGCCGGUCGUCAUCGACGAAGCGGGUAGGCAGGUGCCUCACGCGCAGCAGCGCCCUAGGAAGACUUCCAUUCAGGGCCCAAGCGGGACUUGGAAUCUUGGGAAGACGAUUGGCGCGGGUAGUAUGGGCAAGGUCAAGCUAGCGAGGAGGGCCGACGGGUCGGAACAGGUUGCCGUCAAGAUCGUACCUCGGCAGCUUAUUCAGGAACACGGCAUCGACCCCGCUACAGGUCAACCGUAUCCUCCUCGCCAUGACGACAGCAAAGAAAUACGCACCGCGAGGGAGGCGGCCAUCGUCACCCUACUGGACCAUCCGUACAUCUGCGGCAUGCGAGAUGUCAUCAAGACCAACAAUCACUGGUACAUGCUGUGCGAGUACGUCAACGGUGGUCAGAUGCUGGACUACAUCAUCUCUCAUGGCAGACUGAAGGAGAAACAGGCUAGGAAGUUCGGGAGGCAGAUUGCAAGCGCACUGGAUUAUUGUCACAGAAACUCGAUCGUCCAUCGGGAUCUGAAGAUCGAGAACAUCCUCAUCUCCAAGACCGGUGAUAUCAAAAUCAUCGACUUUGGCCUCUCCAAUCUGUUCUCGCCCCGUUCACACCUCCGGACAUUCUGCGGAUCUCUGUAUUUCGCGGCACCGGAGUUAUUGCAGGCGAAGCAAUACAUCGGACCGGAGGUUGAUGUUUGGAGUUUUGGCAUCGUGCUGUACGUGUUGGUUUGCGGAAAGGUGCCCUUCGACGACCAGAACAUGCCUGCGCUUCACGCAAAGAUCAAGCGCGGAAUGGUGGACUACCCGCAAUGGCUCUCGAAUGAUUGCAGGCAUCUGCUCUCCCGAAUGCUUGUGACGGAUCCCCGGCAACGUGCAACCCUUCAAGAGAUCAUGACGCAUCCCUGGCUCAUGAAGGGCUAUUCCGUUCCACCGGAGAACUGUCUGCCGGCCCGGGAGCCACUCACUCUCCCGCUUGACCCUCUGGUCAUUAGCGGCAUGACCGGAUUCGAGUUUGGGUCGUCCGAGAUCAUCACGUCCCAGCUGACAAAGAUCGUGUCCUCCGAGGAAUAUCAGAAUGCGGUCAAGCAAGCGCAGCGAGAUGCUCCGCUGGCGUCAUCCUACCAGGAGAGAAAGAAGCCGUUCGCAUUCGACUUCUACAAGCGGCGGUCAUCCACGAGUUCGAAGGACACACUCACGAACCUUAGCACCGAGGUCCUGCCAUACACACAGACGGAUCCGAUCAACGCGUACAAUCCGCUUGUUUCGGUGUACUAUCUCGUCCGCGAGAGACUCGAACGGGAUCGCCAGAAGGCAGCUCCUGGAUCACACGUGACACUUCCGGCUUCAGAGACCGAGAAGGUGCCACACAUGUCGGUACCCAGACAGCCCGAGGCCGCUCACACCAGUGAGACGAGCUACGAGGUGAGGGGCGAGCCGGCCGCUACAUCCGGUAGGACAAGACCUAGAGCUCGGACGCAUGGAGAUGACGAGGUGUCGGAGGCGGUCAAGAAUAUCAAUAUGAACAAUAGCAGUGGUGUCUCGCCUGCGCCUUCUGUAGCUCCCCCAAAAGUGGAGCAGCCAUCUUCAAGAAAGGAUCUCUCGGUUGGGGGCAUGUUACGCCGGUUGAGCACCAGGCGUCAUCAGUCGCAUCAUCGUGGGGAGUCAACGAAGGGGGAUCUAAGCAAGGCAGCCGCACCACCAACCCUCUCACUACAACCUCCAGACCAACCACCUUCCAAUCUACCCAAGACCAGUCUUUCGCUGAGGAGGCAAAAGGAACCGGUUCGCCCAACACACAACGACACAUCUCAGCCUGGCCAGCCCGACCUCUUGACGCCUCCGACCACCGCUGAUGCCGGCGCCAGAAAGACUAAGCCUCUGGGACGUUCUACCAGUGUAUCGGAAGUUGACUGGCGACGGAAGUACAGUCGGCCGAGAGCUUCAAUGGAACCUCCUGGCACCAGUGGCUCGGAGAGAUCGGUGGCGGGAACGGACAACCCCAAAUCUUUCGCGCAACGAGCGAAAUCGGUUGGACAUGCCAAGCGAGACAUGAUGCAAAGCCGCCGCACAAGGAAGGACGACUCGGGGAGCAUGGCUGCCAACCCCGACGAUGUCGCAACGGACGACAAUGCAGAUGUCGCUACUUCCAUGGGCAGUGGAGACCCCAAUGCAUCGGCGACACCGUCAUCGGACUUUGUCAAGCCUGUGUUUCUCAAGGGUCUCUUCAGCGUAUCGACGACUUCCACAAAACCUCCAAUCGAGAUUCGAAAGGAUAUCAUCAGGGUGUUGGAUCAGCUGGGUGUUUCGUACAGGGAGAUCAAGGGCGGCUUCGUUUGCGUCCAUCGGCCCAGUAUCGACCUUAAGAGCGUCGUCGAAGGCAGCUCUGAGACGGAAGCGACCAACAUGGUGUCGACUUCGGCACACCGGCGGAAAAUUUCGUUUGGCAACACUGGCGGCAGCAGUAGUCAGCAGGGCUCGUCGUCAAAACAGACAUCGUCACGACGACAGAGAGCGGAUACCAGCUACACUAACAGUGAUGCAUCGAACGACUCUGUCAACGACGGUGUUCUGGGUGGUUCUUUGAUCCUGCAGUUCGAGAUCUACAUCGUCAAGGUUCCUCUGCUCUCGCUCCACGGGAUCCAGUUCAAGAGUCACAACAAGACCAACACAUGGCAGUACAAGAGUUUAGCGAGUCGGAUUCUGUCAGAGUUGAAGCUGUAG